AUGGUUUCGAGUAUGAGAAGGCCAUCUCCCUCGCUGCUCGGGCUACCCGUAGAGACCUUGCUGGCUAUCCUCAGGCGCUUAUCAGCAGAGGAGCUGCACGUCCUUGCCGCUUCAUGCGGCACGCUUCGGAAUGUCGUCAAGACAGCUGAUCACAUUUGGCUGCCACUUUUGGCGGACGUGUUGGAUGCAUCUCCGCCCUCCAAGUCCCACAACCUUCGGGCAUUAUCCUCACGUCAGCAGCUACCACCGUGGGAUCCGCAUUUCGGCUCCAUUGGGUAUCUCUCUCCAGCAUCGACCGACCCUUGGCCCGUCUCACGAGCUGAUGCAGAAGCAAACUCGAGCGCACAGCCAUCAGCUUGUCUAAGGAAAGAGAGCUUCGAGGAUGCUCAAUCCCUGCACGACGUUUGGUGCGCCUUCGUGGCCCCGUGGAGGGCGACCCUUGGGUGGUGGGCUGGUGAUCAACCAAGCUACGGUUACAUCAUCAGGGUAGUGCUCGACCCUCACUUUGAUCCGGAAGACCAAGAGCGGCAGACAGCUGGAACGCUCACGCGGGCAGAAUUUGACGCGCAAAGGACCGGACCUACCGCUCAACUUUCUGAACCUGCUUCGGUGCUUCACCAUGCCAAUGCAGACCGAAUGGCAACCUCAAGCGCCGACGCUGGUGCGCGCCUCGCGGCAUCGAGAAGAAAGCAUCCGGCUUUUGUAUGUCAGAAGAUUCAUCUAGUCAAUCGCUUGCACGGCAUGAUCCCUCACGCGCAGCCGGUUUACGCUGCUCCAGGCGAUGGGUCGCCGCCAAUGUCAGUUGAGAUGGGUUUUGAUCGCGCGCAAAGAGAAAUCUCCUGGUCCACUGCGACAUCUUUCGCCAUUCCUCACAUCGCAGUGCCUUCGAGUGAUGGCACUGCUCUCCGCAGCAACGUAUCCGUCGACCUCUCUCUGCCUGGUGUUCGCACAGAAACGCUCUGGAGCCUCAGCUGGCCAACAGUUAGAGAACAAUGGAAAGCCCAUCUUCAGCGCUCCGACCAACCUGCAGCAGAGGGUUCUAGCAGUGCAAGCGCCGGUAGCAAGUCUCGCGAAGCCACUUCCGAUAGACAGGGUGCUCGCUCAGCCGCAGCCGAAAGACACUGGCUGGAUGUCAGCGAAGAUGAAGACGAUGCCGCAUCUGGAAGGUUCGCGGUGCCUGCACGUCACUAUGUAGCAGGACACGAUCCGCUCGACGUGGCUGCCGAGCUUGGUUUAGCCAAUGAGGACGUCCUUCUUACUUCUUCCGCAGAGAGGGCCUCUCCAUCUCGUCCAGAAGAGUUGAGACAGCUUGAGACGGCGUGGAGCGGAACAUCGGACGAAGCUGACGUACCUCACGUAGGCUACGUGCAUGGUCCCGCUGCUACUGGACGAGUGCGGGUGAUGCGUCUGUCGGCGGGCGAAUUCAGACAUGUCACCUACAUCGAAAGUGGAGCUGUAGCUACCCGACGCGGUGGUGUGGGACGAGCAUCGAGGGGUGAUCAUACAUGUGAUGAGGUGACGAUUGCUGUUCAAGACGUCUCUCUGGCUGCUUUAGCCAGUAGACCCUUGCCUCCCGAACUUCAGGACGAUUUCCCGGCUUCAAGUGCCCUUGACGGCGGACGUCGCGGCAGCGUCAUUAGCGAGCAAUUGGCAUACAUGCUUGACGAAAGAAGGCUGGCUCCUAGAGAAGCUUUGCCCUUCCCAAGCAAAGGGCUUCAAGCUGCCCUGCGUCCUUCGGAGUCGCAUGAUCUGCGCGUUGGAGCUUUGCGCAGCAGCCCACCAGGUCAAUCACUAGCUCUGCGCAUGAGGAUGAACCCCGCUCCGCCCUAUAGAGCUUGGCCCUCGCUCAGCCAGCCCAUGCCUGAAGGUCCGACCUUUUACGCUAUCAAAUCACCGCCUCGAGCACCAAUACUAGGUCCUGGGGUGCUAGAUUCUACCGCGCUCAACGCUGACAGCUACAGGCAUCAAGCACCUCUCAGACACCAAGAUCCCGCGAUGACGGGGUUCGACUGGUCUCUGGUCGAAGGAUUGUACGCGAGCAGUUACGGACCUUGGGGCCUCGAACUGCUCUACGUCAGGUCUCGUCUUCUGACGGAAGCAGAUUUUGACGUCCUCACCGAUUCCAAAAGCAUGGGUCUAGGUCCUUCGCAGUGGGUGUCCCCUGUCGACGCGACACGUCCGAUUUCACCCGCGAGCAGAGCAGAGACCUCCCUUUCGGAUCCGAGCAUGUAUGCCGGCACGCAAAUCGGCAUCAACCAGGUGCAGCCAGGUGUGCGAGUCUUGGAAGGGCUCAAGGUGACGGGCGAUCCUCACGUCCCCCGAGGUCAAGUGACUUUUAGAGCUUUUGUAGACGACCCUGCUAGACGAGGAACGCCUUGGCGACCACCGCCUAGAGGAUUCAGGAACCAUACACCUUGGCCCUUCAGGGCUCCUGAAGAAGCUUUGGAUUUCGAUCCAGCCACUGGGCCUGUAGAUACCCGCACACCAGGACUAGUCAUUCCAGGCCACGGACGUUUAGCUGGCGAGGGCUUCGUACGCCCGGGCUGGGUGUCCGCAGUGGUAAGUCCUGCAACACCGUUCGCCUACUCCCUACAUGAGUACUUUCUUGAACUAGUGUCGCUAAUUUCUGCCGCAACUUGUCACAGAUUCACGUCUCUUCGCCCGACCUGUUGCGAAUUUGGUGGCACCCAAUGAUGAGCGUCGCGACUUGCGUCAAAUUGACUGCGUGCUGAUCGACGCCCGACGAGCAGUCUGCGCUCGAGAACCUUUCCGGCUCCGCCCGUAGUGCGUUCAAGCAGGCCAUCCAAUUACUUCGCCGCGAUCAUCGCUUGCGAUCGAGUUGCCACCUGUGCAGCAAUCAGGACGCCUAGGUGUGUUCAGGCCAAUGUCGGGGAAAUUCCGUGGGAACUGACCAUCUGCGCACUUUUUGCGAUAUCCGUGCUGCAUCGACUUUCCUGAUAGGACACGCAUAGUUCUUGCGUGUGCUUCAGUCUCAAACGUUGUCUUGACAGAAGAGGGACUGCUGCGAUCCGCUUCAGCUAUUCUCUUGCCGCUUUCAGGUCCCAAACCAAACGUCUUCGGCGUGCGUGCGCUCCUUCUUGCCCCCACGUCUGGAUCACUGUCAGCUCACUGCAUCACCACGGUCUCCCAAACAACGUCAGCUCAAAGCUGAGGCUGCAAAGCGCCAAUGA